GAGUCGAGCUGUCAUGAUGACAACAAAUCAACCCCCAACUCAGCAUGAGUUCGCGCUUAUCGAGACGCGCACGGCUCCCAGGACGCUUGCGCACCAGUCUGGGGCUAGAGAUGCUCGAAUCAAAACAGCUUGUGCAGAAUGCAAGCGACGGAAAACCAAGUGUGACGGCACGCACCCAUGUUAUUCUUGUCGAUGGUAUAAGCAGCCUGAGAGAUGCAUCUAUACCUUCUCGCGACCCGCACUUGUUCUCAGUCGAAAGAACUUCGAGUCCGUUCGCCAACGCCUGGAGACCACGACCGACAUUCUAGCAAAGCUGUUCCCGUCUCCGUCAGUUGACACUCUCAGUGGUCUUUCUCGCGAAGAAUUACUCCAGCGAAUUGGCUUUUCAUUCGAGACGAUAUCCCAGGAGACACCCAAUCGAGGCGGUCUUAACAUCAAUAGCCUAACACCUGCCGAGGCCAGGUCACAAGAUGGCCGCGACGACCUAAUAGACCCAGAUGACAUGAUUACCAGUGGUGGCCUAGAGCCCCAGCAACAGGACGAUGCACCUUCUGAAGGUGGUGAUGACGUGAACGCCCUCUCUGCAACAUCCAUCCAGCCUUCAUCCUACGUCGGCCCAUCCUCGACAAUGCAAAUGUUCCGCACGAUACUCAGGAUUGCACCAGAGUCGGUAGGCCAGCAACAACCCACCCAAAGUCCGGCAACCAGUCAACGAAGUGCGUCGUAUCGGUCUCCCGAGGUCAGCCAUAAGACACCGCCAUCCUUGCAAAUGACUGAGAGAAUUGGAGCUUUAAUCGAUGCCUAUUUCCAUUGGAUCAACCCGGCCACUCCAAUUCUUGAUCAGGCUGAAUUUCGGAAGGCUGCCUCUGCUGGGACGCGGAACGACCCUCCAUGGCUUUGUCUUUUCAACAUGGUGCUCGCACUGGGCUCCAUUGGUAGCACGAGAACCGACUCUAGAGAACACCUCAGCUAUUAUCAUGCUGCGAAAUCACAUUUAGACAUAGAAGGCCUUGGAAACAAAAAUCUCGAAACACUGCAGGCUUUGAUUCUCAUGGCUGGUUGGUAUAAUCAUUACCGCAAUCGACCAAAUCUUGCGUCUGCGCUUCUCGGAGCAGCGUUUCGCAUGGCGUACGCCCUGGGUCUCCACAAAGAGCAGCCCAGCAGCAACCAAUCUGUUGAGAAUCAAGAACUGAGGCGGAAGAUCUGGUGGAACCUUGUCGUCUUGGAUGCGGCCGAAGCUGUCACACUAGGUCGCACAUUGGACACCAAAAUAUUUGAAAGCGAAGUCAAAUAUCCCCAAGAGAUCGCGCAAGAUAUGAGUGAUACUGAAGAAGGCCCAUCUCCUUCCUCUACCUUGGUCAUUACCAUUGGCUUCUCGCGUAUCAUGACAGAGAUCCAAAGCCGGUUGAUGACAUCAAACACAGUGCCCUUUUCCGAAUUACUCAGCCUUGACGCACACCUCGUCGAUUGGUACGAAGCUUUACCUUCCUACUUCCACAAACUGGUGGGAAUGGGCAUCUCUGCUGUAUCGGACUCGUCCGACUCGAGACGUUUUGUACAGCCAUGUCUAACUAUCAGGUGGCGAUAUCUCAAUCUCAGGAUGUUGUUGUAUCGACCAAGCCUAAUGGAGGCCGUCCUCCACAGAAUCCCUUUUGGCGGGCUUACAUCUGAUCAGCGAUUGUGCGUCCGAAAGUGUCUAACCCUAUCUGGAGAAACCAUCGAUUCCGUGAAGACUAGGUCGUCGGAACUCCCAAACCAAUAUAUUGCCUGGCCGUCGACUUGGUACUUGUUGCAAAUCUGUAUGGUUCCACUUCUCAGUUUGUACGUAUUUCGCGAGGAUGUCAACGACCAAGCUUCACAGGCCGACCCUGCUCACCAUUUGGGGUUCAGACAUACCGGGAGCGUCAAAGACCAGGUCCGACAAAUUCGGGAUGAAUGCCAUAGGCAAGUUCAAACCACGCUGCGUUUGAUGAAAGAGAUGGAGCCGUGGGCAGUUGCAUCUGGCAAAAUGCACGACUUGAUCACCCAUCUGUACGAAGCAAGAGAUCAACACUUGCGUGUCUGGAACAACAAUGACGAGAGCCCUAUGAUCGUGUUGGGAUCUCCAGCAAAUUCAUCCAUGCCAUCAUCGGACGCGACGAAUGCAAGAGCGCUGCAAGCCGACCGUGCAAACAUGAGCCUCAGCGCAAAUCUGAGAACCGUCAAUCCCUUGCAGCCCGAAGGGAUUGUAGUUCCGUCAAGCGGCAUAAAUCCAGCCGUCAGCAUGACCCAGUAUAGCAUUGGCGUGCACAAUAACAAUGCUCCUCUCAACCCGUCCGAACAAUUCACCAGAGACUUUUCGAUAUACAACAGCUUCGCAUGGCCGAAUGCGACACUGGAAAGCCUGUUCGACUUGCCGGAUGAUUUUCAGUACAUGAACCAAGGUAUGUUCGGCUUGGGAUGAUGUACGCUGUAUCUUCUCUACGGACAAUGAGACCAGGAUGGCGCUCUGGAUACAUUACUUAUUCAGGACAAACGGCGAUCUGCUCAAAGGUCACUAGGCACCUCCACGUCAGAGGUUGCCAGUAUGAGCCUCGGAAAUGAGCGUUCGUCCUUCACACUACGACAAAAGUCAUGUUCUGAGACGGAAGUAUCAAACCUCUCCAGUGGUACAUGCCUCUCAGUACUAGGACCCUCUAUUACCUCGAGAUAGCAAGGAGUCGAAUGGCCUCAGCACUAGGCCUGGCCCGGGGGUGAUUGGGAUCAGGCUUGGGCUGCGGGGGCCUUGCCAAUCAUUUGGGCUCCUUCGUAACGCAGACGAUUUGAAGGUGGUAAAUUGCACCCGGAUAGUGACCCACGGGUGCCAUCUGGGACGAAACAAGGACGGUGUUGAUUCCGAUGUUCAAUCUUGAUCGCGGACAACCCCCGACGCUCCAUCGCAAUUGGUGUUGACCUCGUAAAAAUGUGCAGGGUAAUUAAAUCUAGCCCAUUCACUUUUCACAACGUUGGAAUCUGUCUCGCUCGAAUCGCAGGGACAUAUAGUGAUAUAGCGGUGGCGGGCAACCUCAAGGAAUCAUGGUCGGCGCCUGUCGAGCAAGUUCUCGUCUGAUCGCGUACGAGACCGAGCCUUGGGAGCAAG